AUGUCAGGAAAAGAUACUGAUGGAGUUGAAAUGACAGCAGGCGGUAUACAGCCGGGGUCGGAAGAGGGGAAGGAGGUCAAAUUAGAGAACUUUACUGAAAAAGAACUAAUAAGGGCACUCCAGUCUUUAGGUAAUUGGGAUGUGGUUCCUAAGCAACCUUUUGUUUUACCUAAAAUGGUAAGCACCCCUAAGACUCCUAAGCUAGGCAGUCAGAAUCCUGGAGAAUUUGAUUUGUCCGAGUUGGAGCGAACAUUAAGUCGCACUGCGAACAGUGCCAAUCGCCCAAGGAUCAUUUCAAUAUUCUCUGGGGAUGACCCUCCUGAAAAAGGUGAGGCUACUUACAUAGAGUGGAGGUUCGAAACCUCUUGUUAUAUUAACGACCCAGAUAUUCCGGAUAGUGCUGUAGUACAAGCUAUCCGAAGGUCGUUAAGGGGUACAGCUAGGAGAAUGUUGAUUCCUUUAGGCUCCACUGCAACUCCAACUGAUAUCUUGGAGAAGCUGGACAUGUUGUUUGGUGACAUUUCAACACAUGGGAUGAUCAUGCAAGAAUUUUUUAAUUGUUCCCAAAGACCUGACGAGUUUGCUACCAACUUUGGAUGUCGAUUGGAAACUUUAUUGCAAACUGCAAUCGAAAAUGGUUUUUUACAACUUUCGUCCAAAAAUGAUCUUCUCCGGCAUAAAUUUUGGACAUCACUCUAUAGUGAUAAACUCAAAAGCCAGACAAGACACAAGUAUGACAAUGUCACAGAUUAUAACUUACUAUUGCGCGAGAUUAGAAUUGAUGAAAAGGAGUUAAAUAUUUCUUCAAGUUCCAGCAGAUCUGAGGCUGCUAAAGGAAAAAAAACUCACCACAAUGCUAUCACAUGUGAUAGUACUCAGGCAGUCAGUGAUAAGUCUUCUAAUGAUACAAAGACUUUGGAGGAAAAGAUGAAAAAAUUAGAGGCUAAGGUGGAUUCCAAGUUUGAACAGAUAUUGAGUAAACUUGACUGUAUCUGGAAACAAAUAUCACAAGUCUAG